GGCAGCCAGGGUCGGAGUCAGUCAGGUCGGGAGGACAAGCCAGGCCAACUGAGAGGACAAAGUCAGGAAACUUCAGUGUUUAGAGAAUUCGCGUUUGAGUUUCGGGAAGAGGAGGAAAAGAGCAAGAUGAUGACCCAAAUGGAGACAACGGUGCACUAUGAUAACGGCUACGAGGAUGAGUACAUGAUGCAGGAGGACGAGUGGGACAGGGACAUGCUGCUGGACCCUGCCUGGGAGCAACAGCAGAGGAAAACGUUCACAGCUUGGUGUAACUCUCACCUGAGGAAAGCUGGCACUCAAAUCGAGAACAUUGAGGAAGACUUCAGGAACGGAUUAAAGCUCAUGCUGCUCCUGGAAGUCAUUUCAGGAGAGAGGUUACCUAAACCUGACAGAGGAAAGAUGCGGUUUCAUAAGAUUGCUAACGUCAACAAAGCGCUGGAAUUCAUCACAAGUAAAGGAGUGAAACUGGUCUCUAUUGGAGCUGAAGAGAUUGUGGACGGGAAUGUAAAGAUGACCCUUGGAAUGAUUUGGACUAUCAUCCUCCGCUUUGCCAUUCAGGACAUAUCUGUGGAAGAAACAUCUGCUAAGGAAGGUCUUCUUCUGUGGUGCCAGCGAAAGACCGCCCCCUACAGGAACGUUAAUGUACAAAACUUCCAUAUCAGCUGGAAGGAUGGCCUGGCCUUCUGCGCCCUGAUCCACAGACACAGACCCGACCUCCUCGACUUCUCAAAGCUCAACAAGGACGAUCCACUGGGGAACCUGAACCUGGCUUUUGACAUAGCUGAAAAACACCUGGACAUUCCUAAAAUGCUGGAUGCAGAAGAUAUCAUCAACACCCCCAAGCCUGAUGAGAGAGCCAUUAUGACCUAUGUGUCGUGCUUUUACCACGCUUUUGCUGGAGCUGAGCAGGCUGAGACGGCUGCCAACAGGAUCUGCAAGGUGCUUGGAGUAAACCAAGAGAAUGAGAAACUGAUGGAGGAGUAUGAGAGACUGGCCAGUGAGCUGCUGGAGUGGAUCCACCGCACCACUCCCUGGCUGGAGAACCGGACCCCAGAGAAGACCAUGGCAGAGAUGCAGCGGAAACUGGAGGACUUUAGAGACUACAGGCGAAAGCACAAACCCCCUAAAGUGCAGGAGAAGUGCCAGCUGGAGAUUAACUUCAACACCCUGCAGACCAAGCUGCGCAUCAGCAAUCGGCCUGCUUUUAUGCCCUCGGAGGGAAAGUUGGUUUCUGAUAUAGCCAGUGCCUGGCAGGGUCUGGAUCAGGCAGAAAAAGGCUUCGAGGAGUGGCUCCUCACAGAGAUCCGCAGGCUGGAGAGGCUGGACCAUUUGGCCGAAAAAUUUCGCCAAAAAGCCACCAAUCAUGAGAACUGGGCCAGCGGUAAAGAGCUAAUCCUCUCCCAGAAGGACUAUGAAACAGCCACUUUGACAGAAAUCAGAGCAUUGCUUCGAAAACACGAGGCCUUUGAGAGUGAUUUGGCAGCCCACCAGGACAGAGUGGAGCAGAUUGCUGCCAUUGCACAGGAGCUCAAUGAACUGGAUUAUCAUGAUGUUGCGUCUGUGAACCAGCGCUGCCAGAGCAUCUGUGACUUGUGGGAUAAGCUGGGAACUCUGACUCAAAAGAGAAGGGAGGCACUAGAGCGUACAGAAAAGUUGCUGGAGACUAUUGAUCAGUUGUUCCUGGAGUUUGCCAAAAGAUCAGCUCCUUUCAACAACUGGAUGGAAGGAGCCAUGGAGGAUCUGCAGGACAUGUUCAUCGUACAUACCACUGAGGAGGUCCAGAGUCUAAUUGCUGCUCAUGAGCAGUUUAAAGCCACUCUGCCUGAGGCAGAUUCAGAGAGGCAGGCCAUUUUGGGAAUCCACAAUGAGGUGCAGAAAAUCUCCCAGAGCUAUGGGAUUAAGCCCAACAUGAUCAACCCUUACAGCACCAUCACAACAGAGGAGCUUCUCAACAAGUGGGAGAAGGUGAAGAAACUGGUUCCUCAGAGAGACGGUGCCCUCCAGGAGGAGAUGUCUCGCCAGCAUGCCCAUGAAAGGUUGAGACGGCAGUUUGCUGCCCAGGCUAAUCUCAUUGGACCCUGGGCUCAGGCCAGGAUGGAGGAAAUUGGGCGCUGCUCCCUGGAGAUUGGAGGCACACUGGAAGACCAGAUGACCCAGCUGAAACAAAUUGAGCAUGUCAUUGUUGCUUACAAGCCCAACGUAGACAAGCUGGAGGGAGACCACCAGCUAAUCCAAGAGUCGCUUGUUUUUGACAACAAACACACCAAUUACACCAUGGAGCACAUCCGUGUCGGAUGGGAGCUGCUCCUCACAACCAUUGCCCGAACCAUUAAUGAGAUCGAGACCCAGAUCCUGACUCGGGAUGCCAAGGGCAUCAGCCAACAGCAGAUGAAUGAGUUCAGAUCUUCUUUCAAUCACUUUGACAGGAAGAAGAACGGAGCAAUGGAGACUGAUGACUUCCGCGCUUGCCUCAUCUCGAUGGGCUACGACUUGGGAGAAGUGGAGUUUGCCCGUAUAAUGAUGCUGGUGGACUCGAAUGCGACUGGGCUUGUCUCCUUCCAGUCAUUCAUUGACUUCAUGACGAGAGAGACCGCUGAUACGGACACGGCUGAACAGGUUGUGGCUUCCUUCCGGAUCUUGGCAGCUGAUAAGCCCUACAUACUUGUGGAUGAGCUCAGGAGAGAACUUCCCCCUGAACAAGCGGAGUAUUGCAUCUCCAGGAUGCCUCCUUACAAAGGCCUCGGAGCGCCUCCAGGAGCGCUGGACUACACCGCCUUCUCCACCGCCCUCUACGGAGAGAGCGACCUUUAACUUGAAAAGAAAACCCCCUCAACAUCUGGCUAUUUUUACCCACCCACACUCUUCCUGCCCUGCACGCACCUCUUAAUGAAAUUAACUAAAAUGCAUUGUGGCUCCGAUAUGUUGAAUUAAAAGCAAACUUUAAAAGUGAAGUCUGUCUGCAAUCAAUGUUACAUAUUGUCCUGAUUUGUUUUCCUCAUGUUAAGCAAAGUAAAAUGUCCCAAUUAAAUAAAAUAUUUGGAGAAAGGUUUCAGAUGUUUUGAAAGGAAAUAAA